CUAGGACUGAUGUAAAGAUAUAAAGGUUUACCAGGCCGCCCUGAUUUGCACCAUCACAACACAAGCACAAUAAACUCUCUUCUCAGCUCUGGAUACAAAUACCCAACCCUAAACACCAUUACCCAACUACCCAACUACCCAGCUACCAAUCCUACUCCUCAAACCAUCAAUAUGCGUUUCUCAAUCGUAGUCGCCACCUUCUUUGCCAGUGUCGCUCUCGCCAUGCCAGACCCUCUCCCACAAGGUUACAACGGUCCCUGCGCACGAGAUAAUUGUGGUGUCAACGGAUUGAACUGUGGACGUCGCCUUUGCGUGGGAUGGCCCAACACCGACCCUGCUCUGAGGAAGGGCUGCACAUGCACCACUGCCUAAGCGCUACAUGAUCUGCAUUUUCAAGUUUUGUUAGCGGUUUUUUAAAACGACGAUCUCCAACAUAUACCCACGUAAAGGGGGGAAAGGAUAGUGGGGGUGAUGUAAAUAGGGCUGUCAUGGAUUAGCAACAUGUGAAAUGAAAAGAUAAUAAUGAAGCG